AACGUUUUUAUUUUCCAUUAAAUUAAUUAAAAAUAUUAUAAAAAAUGAUAGACGAACAGCUUAUAGCGGAAGUUCAACAGCAUGGCGUAAUAUAUAACAGGCAAAAGUAUUUCUUAAAUGGAGGUGGUCCAAUCAAAUAUGAGAGCAAAGAAGCUGCUUGGCAAAUAAUAGCCCAUAAGCUAGGCACAGACGUUGAAACCUGUAAGAAAAGAUGGAAAUAUUUAAGGGAACGCUAUGUGCAACAACGUAAGCAUUGUGACCCCCCAACUUAUGAACAUUUGUCAAGGCCAUACUUAGAAAAAAUGAAAUUUCUCGAUCAGCACAUUCAGCCCAGGAAAUCUUACAGAAAUGUACCUCAUUUUUUAAGUUCCCCAAACGCUAAUAGUUCAUUUGCUGAAUUUAUGGAUUCAUCACGAUCAAAUGGGUCGGCUACGAAUCCUUUAUAUCCAAAUUUAAUUGAGAACUUUAAUAAUGCUGUUAAAUCAGAACCUGAGGAUUCCUUCAAAGAAUAUUCUUCUAUAUCAAAAGAACAAAUUCAGUUAACAUUGCAGCAACAAAUAAGUUAUCAGCAGCAACAAUCGACGCAAAAUCAAUCACAAAAUCAACAAUUUACUUCCCCAAACCAAAGUGGCGGCCAGCAGCAGCAACCACAUGAUUUUAAUCAAAGUAACACUCUUUCUGGAUCUCAAUACCGCGAAAACGAAAUUUCCCCACAUUUACCUUCAUCUUCAUCUUCAUUAAAAUCACCUUUGUCUUCACCGCCUACAACUGAAAAUAUGGAAGCGUCAAAUGAAAAUUCUAAGAAACCACGAGUUCAAACAACAACUGCACCCGACCCUGAGGAAAAUGAGGAGAACUCAGACUCGGAUAGUGAUGACUACCAAAAAAAUACGUUACGUGAUAUACUAGGACAAAUGAACAAUAGAAAUAACGCUGCUACAGCUUUCCAGAAUGAUUUCUUACUAUCUUUAUAUCAACAAUUUCCACAAACUAGACAAGUUAGAAGUUCCGAGCAGUUGUUGGGUGAGCUUGUCACAUCAGAGCUCUUAAAAAUGAAUAAAGAAAAGAGACGAAUUGUUCAAAAAAAAAUACUUGAAAUACUAUUUUUUGAAGACUGAUUAAAAUGAAAUAAACGCGUAAGAUAUUAAUAAAUUUGAACACUCGUAACUUAUUGAAAUAAGCUGGUCGUAAAAUAUUACUUUACAUAUAAAGUUGCAAAUUAAGCUGUUUCAUACUUUCAGUUUAAAAAUAUUAAGAAAAAAUCAUUAUAGUUAUAUUUAGAUAUUAAUUUAAAACCAUUUUACCAUUUGCCAUCUCUUUUAAAUCAAUUUUAAACAUUAAUUAUAAGUUUUCAACAAAUAUUUAUUAAAUUUAUGAUUUUUAAAAUUUUAAUUUUUUGUGUGUGAAAUUAGUGAUAUUAUUUAAAUAAAAUAGUAAUUAUAGAUGUCUAUAUAGGAAAUAACUACUUAGUGUUGCAUCUAAAAAUAUGUGUAUUAAGUCAGACUAUUACUUUUGAUUAAAAUUAUGUAAUUGGCUUCUAAAAAAUUAAUUGGCGAUAUUUAGAAAUUGAAGUUAACCUUAAUAUCAGCAUUUCAAGAAAAUAAUACACAUUAAAUAUAUUUUUAAUAUAGUCAUGUGCCACGUAAAAAUAUAAUAAAAGCAUUUAAACUCCUGUUUUCUAAAUUUUAACUAACAGAACGUAGUUAAUUUGGAAAAUAUCUAUUUUAAAAAAUAAAUAUAAGUUUUUAUCUUAAUAUUUAGCUUUAAAAAAUCAAACAAAAGUGUGUUUUUGAAUUUACUUUAAGUACAACAUUCCUUUUUGAUUUAAGUUUUUUUUUUAUAUAAGAUCCAAAAUCAUAUCAUCACAGUGCUAAAUAUGUAUGUGAAAAUUAAUUUUGUCUUUUGAAAAAUGCAAAAACAAUCGAAAAAGUAAAUGAACUGAUAAUUGUAAUUUUAUAUUCAUCAUAUAAAAGACAGUUUUGAAUUUCACAAUUAAAUUCAAUACUUUAGAAUUGUAGAACCUAGUGAUAUAAC